UGGAGCGGGGCUGCCGUCUCCCAUGUCGGCUCCUUUCGAGGAGCGCAGCGGGGUGGUGCCCUGCGGGACUCCCUGGGGCCGCUGGUAUCAGACCUUGGAGGAGGUGUUCAUCGAGGUACAGGUGCCGCCGGGCACCCGGGCUAAGGACGUCAACUGCAACCUGCAGAGCCGGCACAUCGCGCUCUCCGUGCGGGGCCAGGAGGUGCUGCAGGGUAAACUUUUUGACUCUACAGUAACUGAUGAAGGAACAUGGACAUUAGAGGACAGGAAGCUGAUACGAAUUGUCCUAAUGAAGACCAAUAGAGAUGCUGGAAAUUGUUGGACAUCUCUCUUAGAAAAUGAAUAUGCUGCUGAUCCUUGGGUACAGGACCAGAUGCAAAGGAAGCUUACACUGGAACGAUUCCAAAGAGAGAACCCUGGAUUUGACUUCAGCGGGGCAGAGAUUUCUGGAAAUUACAGCAAAGGAGGACCAGACUUCUCUAGUCUUGAAAAGUAAACUGUUUUUAUCUGUGUUCCAUGGGAGGAAUUGCACAUAACACUUAAAGACUGGAAUCAUGUAACUGGUGAAGUCUUCGAUGAUCUCUUCAAUGGAUUGUGGUCAAGUAAUUACUUCAGUGAAGAGAAAGAUCUCUUCCAGUAGAACAAAGUGUUACCAGCAGAUUUCUAAGCUGUGAUAAAUUUCUAAUACUAAAGGACAAACCUAGAGAAAGGUGUGCACACCCC